CAGUAUAUAAACUCGCCGGCCGGCGCAACAGUACGUUAUUCCCAGUGUAGCAACUCGGUGAAAAACAACUUUGUUUAUACUCUUAAACUAAACUCUAAAACAAUAACAAUGUCUCUGCUACCAUUCUUGCUCGGAACCGCUCCUCACCGCCUCGCUGACCAGGAGUUCGGGCUCGGAAUCUCUCCCGAUGACUUGCUGACUGCUGUCGUCGCCCCUAUGGUGGCUCGGGAUUACUACAGACCCUGGAGACAGAUGGCCGUCGCAGCCAGGGACAUCGGAUCCACCAUCGUGUCAAACAAGGAAAAGUUUCAAGUCAACCUGGAUGUGCAGCAUUUCGCUCCCGAAGAGAUCAGCGUGAAGACUUCUGAUGGAUACGUGAUCGUCGAAGGGAAACAUGAGGAAAAGAGGGAUGAACAUGGCUACAUUUCCCGCCAGUUCACCAGGCGUUACAUCCUGCCUGAGAACUGCGACCCUGCUACUGUUGAGUCUAAGCUGUCCUCUGAUGGUGUGUUGUCCAUCAUUGCUCCAAAAACUCCUCCGUUGUCGAAGAACGAGAGGUCUGUCCCGAUCUCUCAGACUGGGCCCGUGAGGAAGGAGAUCAAGGACGCGGCCAGCCAGCCCACUGCCCAGACUGACGCCAACGGCACAGCCAAGUAAAUACCAAGUGUCUCCAACAUCUCGAAGAUCGCUCGUUCUCUGUGUGCCCCACCUGUGCUUCGCAAACCUUUUUCUAUUCAAUUUUAAUGUGAUAAAAAUCGACUGAUUUAAAAUUUAUGUGUAAGUACCUAUUUUAAUUAGUGUUGGUAAUUUUUUUAAUAAAUUUUCCUAUUGCUGUA